GCCAAUUGUCAAAUGGAUUAUUUGCAAUAUUAAACACUUUGAUACUUGCCGCAAUAUUUACGUAUGUAUGCAUGUUUGUAUAUCUUGAUAUACGUGGACAAAUUCUAAAUUUAGCCGGAGAAGGCAGUGGGAGCAUGAAUAAAUUUCCCUCUCUCUCUAAAUCAACCAAAAUAAACUAAUUUGCCGGUUUUUGUGUUGUGUGUUUGUCGUUGCUUUGUUUCUUUGCCCUCAACAGGUCACCCGCAUAGGUGUCAUAGUAAUAAGUUGCUUUUGGCCGACAUUCAAAGAGAAACAAAACGGCGUGUGUCUCAUCCUCCUACUUGUGUUGUAUCUUGUGGUGACACAUAUAGCAUUGUGUUCAAUUGCUUCUUAGUUCGCAACGCGCUUUCUCUGGCCACACAUUCACGCAAAAAAUAUUCUACCAAACAGCAGCAUCACAUCAGGCUGGCUGGCUGACUGGCAAGCAGGCAAGCAAGUGUGGCAGUGGAAAAAAGUUUGCAUUUUAUUGUCGUAUGAAAAAAAGAAUACGAAAAUACGGAAUCUGUGGAAAAAUGGUUGAAUAAAUUAUGUAAUUGCUGGUGAUAAGAUACAAGGAACACGUCAACUCUAUUGAACUCUAUAGGCAUUUUCUUUAUCUAUAAAUUGCGGAGGGGCGUCUAGCUAUAGGCGUUUUGCAUCAUCAUCACCAUCAUCAUGGAUAUGUUACUAUUUUUAACAGCAGCGGCACACAUUGUCUAUACACCUUUUACCAAAGUGGAGGAGAGCUUCAAUCUGCAAGCAAUACAUGACAUUCUUUACUUGCGUCAUAAUUUCACAGAGUAUGAUCAUCAUGAAUUCCCUGGCGUGGUUCCGCGCACAUUUUUGGGCCCCCUAUUCAUAUCAUUAUUAUCAUCGCCAUUCAUUGCGCUGUUCGAAACACUUGAGAUCAAUAAAUAUUGGGCGCUAUAUAUAGUGCGUCUUGUUUUAGCAGCCAUUGUGACUUGUGCCUGGACCAAAUUGAAACGUGUCAUUACCAAAAUCUAUGGCUCAGAUGUUAGUCUUUGGUUUAGUCUCAUAACACUGACACAAUUUCAUUUUAUUUUCUACAUGUCCAGACCAUUGCCCAAUAUAAUGGCACUACCUUUAGUACUCUAUGCUUUGGCCUAUUGGUUAAAUGACCAAACAAAGCCAUUCAUUAUAUGUUCCGGCAUAGCCAUAUUGGUAUUUCGUUCCGAAUUGGCUAUAUUCUUGGGAAUAUUGCUAGUGUUGCAUUUGUUGUUGAAGAAAGCUACAGCUGCAAGGGUUUUGAAAAUAGCAAUACCUGCUGGCAUAAUCAUUCUGGCUAUAACACUUGCGGUGGACUCUUUCUUUUGGAAACGAUUACUGUGGCCGGAGGGUGAAGUGCUAUGGUACAAUACCAUACUAAACAAAAGCUCCGAUUGGGGUACUUCACCCUUUCUGUGGUAUUUUUAUUCAGCUUUACCAAGAGCCAUGGCAGUGUCCUUAGUUUUUGUGCCCAUAGGUUUAAUCUUAGAAAGAAGAAUUAGGCCCAUAGUGCUGGCAGCUCUUGGUUUUGUGGCCAUCUAUUCUAUACUACCUCAUAAGGAGUUGCGUUUUAUAAUCUACGUUUUUCCUGUACUUAAUCUGGCAGCGGCCACAGCAUGCCAUCGACUCUGGUCGAACAGUGGCAAAUCUGUUUUCCAUGGUUUCUUGGCUCUAUGUGCCGGAGGUCAUUUGCUUUUGAAUGUUUUUGUGACUUUGUUUUUGCUGAUGGUUUCGGGAACAAAUUAUCCUGGCGGUGUGGCCCUAACGCAAUUGCAUGCCUAUGAGGCGAAUUCGACAAAUGUUGCGGUUCAUAUAUCCAAUUUGGCAGCUCAAAGUGGUGUAUCAAGAUUUCUACAAAUUCGCGAUGAAUGGAGCUACUGCAAAAGAGAAGACAUGAACUAUACCAAAGAAGAAUCCUUGGAGUACACCCAUUUGAUUGUGGAAGCCAAGAUGAACAAUGACUUGUGGGCAUCGUUGCAAAAUGAUUUCGAUACUCUGGAAUUCGUGGAUUGUUUUCACAGCAUAGGUAUUCAGUAUAACACUAUGAUGCCGGUAAAAAUCAAAACCAAGCCUUGUUUGGCCAUAAUGAAGAGAAAGCCUGGCAGAAUGAGUGCUAAGAGCAAAAAGCAAUCAAAGGAAUUGAAAAAGAGAAAGAAGAAAUCUGUGGAUGAUGAUAAUGAGCCAGAGGGCCAUGUUGAGGAUAAGCAAAAGGAGAAAAAGAAAACUAAAACAUCUUUGGAAAAUUUGCCCACUGAAACUGGCCACGAUGAGGAAUUCAAGCAAGCAACUGAAGAGAAGCCCAAAGACAAAAAGAAGAAAAAGAAAUCUCCUGAAAUAGAGGCCAAUGGUCAGACUUUGCAGAAUGAAGAGAAAGAACUGGAGGAGCAUAGAAUUGCAGAUGAGCACGCGACCAAGCCAAAGAAAAACUCCAAGGACAAGAAGAGUAAAAAAGCAGCCGAAACUUUGCCAGCAGAAAGCCAAGAAGUAGAUGAUCUUUCCUCAAAGAAAACUGAGGCUGAGAAAAAGCCAAAGUCCAAAAAGCAAAAAAAGAAAUCUGCUAUAAUUGUAGAGGAAGAAGAAAACUUGCCUGCAAACGUUGAAGUGGAUGAAGACAUGGAAGACACUAAAGACACUAAAGACAAAGGAAUAUCUGAAGAAAAACCCAGGGUCAAACGAGAGAGCAAGAAAUCCACAAAAGUAAAAAAUCAAGAGGAAAAGUUAACGGAAAGUGAAGAAGAAAUGGAAGAGCAUUUUGAUAAUGAGCAGGAAGCCAAAACUUCGACAGAAAAUGCCACUAUAAUGGAAAGUGACAACGCCACACAGGAGGAAGAAGAUGAAAAACUAGCUGCUGUUAUGGCUGAAGGCUCUCAAGAAGCAGCAAGCCAGGAAAGAGACAAUGUUAGACAAGAAGUGGAGAUAGAAGAAGAACAAGAAGAACUAGUUGCCGAUAUAGCUGAAGACUCUCAAGAAGAUUCAGAGCACAUUGAUACUCUAGCUUCAACUGUAAGUCUCGAAGAUGAUGCCAUAGUGGCCACAGUAGAAUCACUUGAAGACGAUCUGCCGCACUCUGAAGAAAUGCAUCAGGACACACCUGUACACAAAGAAAUCAAUUUCGAAGAACUACGAAAUUUAGCCUUGGGCCAUGUUAAUCGCAAAACGAAAGCUACGAAAUUGAAAAUACGACGUCUCAUCGAACAACACUACCGUGCCAAGGGCAAACACAUUGAAAAUGAUCCCCUAGAGAAACAAGAUGCCAGAACACCAACGACAACAAAAACUUCCGCCAGACAAUCGGUGAAGGCCAUCAUCAAACAGGAACGCAUCAAAGAGAUGAUAGAACAAAUUGCCACAAUGGACUUGACAAAAUUGUGCAACUUGGAUAAGGUCUCAACGAAGGAUUGUCUGAAAAGUGUUAUAGACAAAAUCGAUGCAGAAGAUAAACCAUCGCUACAUUACAGCUAGUGAUACGGGGUGUCUAGGUUAUCCAAUAUUUUCUUUAUGUUUUAUCGAAAUUUUUGUUGAUUUUUGUUUUACCAAAAAACCCACCAUAGAUCUUUUCUUCUAAAGAUUCUAUAAAAAAAAUUAUUGUUAAAUAAAGACAAAGACUUAUUUUUUUAAGAUUUA